GUGAGACCGUUUCGUCAAUAAGUUGGUUAGGGGAGCGGUACAUGAAAGCAGAAGGAGAAUUAUUUGCUUGAAGCGUGAAAGAGACGGACUGAUCAGGAGCGAGCUUCGGCACUAGCGUAUUGUGUUUUGUUUACAAACAAAACACAGUAGACUUCCAAUAUGGCUGAAGAGUGCCUUCAGUAAGUUGGCCCACCUUAGGAUAUACUUCUAGACGCAUUAAAGUGUGUUUACAAAUAUAAAGCUUGAUCGCUUGUUUGUACUAUUUGUGGCUGCUCGAAAUAGUAAUACGUACAUAAAAGACAACCAGCUUUGAUCUGCUGAUAUGGUUUAGUGGUUUAGCUGACAAGGUUCUGCUUUACAAAAUGCACCAAGCAUUUGUUUCGACGCAACACUUACGGAGGCCGAAAGUGUGCCGCAUUUGUCGGGCUCCGGAUGAUGACGAUCUUAUUUCAGUGCUGUUGGUGCAAGAGUGUGUAACCAUUGCGCAAAUGAUUCAAGAGCUAACCGGGGUCAAAGUGAUGGCUGACAAAUGUCUCCCACAGAACAUUUGUCUGGCCUGUUUGGAGAGGUUGCGGAGUGCUUUCCAACUACGACAGCAAUGUAUCGAUUCUGAUCAGAUAUUCCAGAGAGAGCUUUAUUCGCAGUGUAUGAAGGAGGAAUCCCAAGCUGUGGUGAAAUUGGAAAUUGAAACAUUGAGCUCCGAAGAGCAGGAUGCCGAUUUACGUGAUGAUGAAGAGGAUAGUGGGACUUCGAGCGCUGAGUCAAAUAAUGUAGGAAAGCAUAAUUCAGAUAAACUAGAAGAGCAAGAUGAUGACACUCGUACGAUAUCAGCGAAGGAAUUAAUUGCAAUUUUGGCACCGGAGGAGAAGGAUUCAGUACAACUUAGGCAGUACGAAGAAACAGAUUGUGAAAUUGUGUACCAGAGUAAGCACUAUGAGCGGAUAAAAUUCGUCGUGGCGCAAUGCUGUGGUUGUCCGCAGAGCUUCAGGGACAAAAAAGAAUUACUGGCUCACUCCCAAAUGAGUCAUAGACCUUAUGGUCAAGGACAUAACAGUCAAAAUGAUCUUCAUCAAUGUUCUGUAUGUUAUGGGCGUUUCAGAGACAUUGAAUUAAAUGCUUCACAUCGAGACCAUAUCGAUUUUGAGCGUUAUCGGUGCAGAGUGUGCGAUCAGCUGUUGGGCAGCAAGGGCCAGAUAGUGAAUCAUCUACAGGGAAAGCAUUCGAUUGAGCUCGAAAAUGAUGUUGACGGUGACUUCGAUGUGGUAGAUUCUGGUGAGCAAGGGACGAUUAAUUUGACUGAUUUCCACAGCAGUCAGUAUAAAUUAACCAAUGUUAAUCAGGACUACGAGUUAGUAGAAUUUACCGGAAUCUGCUGCUGUGGGUGUUUGGAAAUCUUCAACACCCGCGAGGAGUUUGAACUGCAUUCGAGUGAGGUGCAUUUGCCACAAAGGAUCACCGAGGACGAUAUCAAUCCGUUCGAGUGCAGCGUAUGCUUUCAACGAUUCACCAAGAAGGGAUCGCUUGCGCUCCAUAAGAUUAGACCACAUAGGCGACGCAUAGUAUGUCGUUUGUGCAGAAAAAUUUUUAAGAAUGAAAGCACUUAUCAGAAACACAUGAUAAGCUGUCAUAGUGUUGUUGUGGAUGCGAGGAGAAAUCUUAAACCAGAUAUGGAACUAAUGGAGAUUGAAACUGAGGUUGAUCAGAUGCAGCACUCGGAACAGGAAGGAAGUAUAUAUGGUUCAGAAAGGAAUAAAUCCGAAAACUACGGGAUGCAAGAAGUAGAAUACAUAGAAGAUCUUCCGGAAGAAAUAGAACGAGUUGUACAAGAUGAUAGUGACGAAGACUCAGAAUUUGAGGAAGACGACAUGAACGAAUUCGGAAGUGUCCAGACAAAGGAGAAGAACAGCAACAAAUAUCUACCUACUAGGCAACGCAAGGAGAUGGGUCGUGUUCCAGGUAAUGUGCUUCGCGUUAUAGAACAGUUGGACGGGUACAACAUUGUGGAGAUACUGAAGGAACGAUGUUGUCGCUGUUUGAAGUUUUUCGACUCCAUUGAAAAGCUUGAUGAACAUACGAAGCUGCACCAGGAAGAAUCACUAGCCUUCGAAAGCUCGGACAAACCGAUCAAGUACCAGUGCGAUUACUGUCUGAAGCAGUUCGACAUUGCGUUAGUUUACGUAGUGCAUAAACGUAUUCGGGAACAGAAACAGUUCUAUCAAUGCAGGUUGUGUGAUUUUAUUAUCGAUUCAGAAUCAAGGCUUAAAAAUCACAUGCUCCACAAUGACCAGCAUGCGAAGUUUUUCAAUCUAAUUCGAGAGGAUGUCAGCGAUCGAUAUGAUGUUGUGAAAGUACACGGAACUCGUUGCUGUGGUUGUGGCCGCUAUUUUGACAGUGAGGAAUCGUUGAUCCGUCAUUCCCAACAACAUCAUCCGAGAGAUCCGAAAAAAGAUUCACUUAAGCGUACGCAUGUGUGCAAGAUUUGCGAUAAACGAUGCUACAACAAAUCGGAGGUAGAAGCGCACAGGAAAAAGAACGGCUCAACGGUGCGUUACUAUUGUAAACUAUGUCAAUUCGGAACGCCUAACGAAGCGAGAAUGCUUAAACAUUUGUACAGCUCGAUCCAUAACCAAGCGUUGCCAUCGAUCGAAGUUAAAAACAUUGAAGUGGGUUUUCGGAAGGCAGGAACUCUGCGGUAUUGUUGCUUCGAAGGGUGUAACCUGCCGUUCCAUGAUUCCCAAAAAAUGCAGGAACACAUUGACGGAUCACAUCGGCAGGAGAGGGAGGAGAAUAUUGCCACUGUCGGUGGUGAGUAUAGCGGAAAUCGACUGCAGUGCGACUGCUGUUUUCUUGUUUUCCGAACGGUUGCACUGCUCAAACAACAUCAGUUCAGCAAUCGUGAGCCAAAGAGUUAUGUGUGCUCUGUUUGUGGAGAGGCCAAACUUAACAAAACUGCACUCACAGCGCAUGAGAUGAGGCACACCGGUGAAAGACCAUACGGUUGUUGUGUAUGCGGAAAGAGCUUUUCUUCACAAACAAUACUCAACUCGCACAUGAAGUGUCAUGUGCCGAAACAGUAUCAGUGCAACGAGUGCGGGGAAAAGUUUGCCCGUGGCGAAAAUCUCAAGCGUCACAUCCGCCACCGACAUUCGGAAGCCACGUUCUGUUGUACCUAUUGUCCCCGCAAAUUGAAGACUCGCGAGGCCCAAGUUCUGCAUGAACGAUCUCACACAGGUGAGAAGCCGUUCUCGUGCCGAACAGAAGGAUGCGAGAAGAGGUACGCAAGCAUUACCGAUCGAAGACGACAUGAGAUGGCCACCCACACGGGAGAACGUCCACACAGUUGCUCGUAUUGUUCGGCGUCAUUCGUGCGCAAGCGACAGUUGACAAUCCAUGAGCGGAAACAUACCGGUGAAAGACCAUUCGUUUGUGGCAGUUGCGGGAAAGCCUUCGUUGAUGCACCUCUAUUGAGGAGACACACCUCGGCUAAAAUGGUAAGGUGUGCCGUAGUUGGAUGCAAAAACUACGAAGGCGAUAAUCAUUGUUUGCGAAAGUUCAAAUACUUCGUGUUUCCAAAAGAUGAACAGUUGUGUCGCGUGUGGGUAGAAAAAUGUGGUAAAAAUGAUUUCGACCCCAAAAAAGCUAAAUUGUGCAGCAAUCAUUUCGGUGAAAAUGAUUAUCGGCUGAAGGAUGUGAUGUUGAAUUCGGACUGGUCGAAAUGGAGGCUGAGAAAAGGAGUCGUGCCGAACCUGAAUUUGCCAAACAAUGACGAUUCGGGGCAGGAUAACAUUGACAAGGACGAUCGGAAGAGAAUCGUACAGCAAGCGAUUGAGGAACACGAGCGAGAACGGCACGAGAUGCAGCCGAUGCAAGAUUUUUGCAGAAUUUGUGCUCGAUGCGAACCGGCAAGUAAGUCUCUCGUUUGCAUUCACUCCACCACAUUAGAAUAUCAUCCAAGAAAAGUUGGUUACGGAACACUGUCGGUACAUGAUGGAAUCGAGACGGAUUCGGGCGGCAGUUUGGUACAGACUGUGGCAGAAAUUAUGGCGAAAUGUCUUGAUGCUAAUAUCAAGCCCGACGAUAAACUCCCGCAAAGGAUAUGCGACAUUUGUCUGCUGAAACUGAAAGAAUCAUGGGAAUUCAAGGAAAUCUACAAGGCUAGUGAUAGAUAUCUUGAGCAAAUGUUUCGCAAAACGUUGAAUGUGAUAAAACAUGAAAAUGGGAAAGAAGAAACGUCAGAUCAGGAAGAUUUUACCACGGAAAUUAGUUUCGUCAGAGAGGAUGUUUCAGCAGAUGAUGAGUUUUCAGAAGCGAUAGAAGCUAGAACGCAUGUGAACAAAAAAGAUCCUCUAAUAUCGGAGCAGUGGUGGAUGAUGUCUGAUUUGACCGAGGGUCAUUACGAAGUAAAGCAAAGUGACAAUCCCAGUUGGGAACUGGUGGAAGUAGACGACUUUCGCUGUUGCGGAUGUUUUCAGUUUUUCAGCUACAAGUCUGACCUGGAUGAACACUGCAAACUAAAUCACUGUGAUGAACAGCAUGGGGAUGAAACUAAGCACUAUGAGUGCGGCGUCUGUUUGAAACUCUUCUCCAGCACAGAUGCUUUGAAUUUCCACCAGAGAAUGGCUCGCUCCAAAAAACUGUUCCACUGCAAGUCGUGUAAUGCGUUGUUACCAAGUAAGCGACAGUUGAACACACACUUGAAGCUACACGCCAGUGUCGAGUCUGAAAUAGAUCUAAAAACUGAAUCCCAUAAAACAAAUGCAAUGAAAUCGAAGAAAACAGCAGGCGUGUAUUCGGCGAUGAAAACGAAUAUAAUUCUCCCGCCGGCUGAUAAGUGCCGUAUCACAAAACAUUUUGUGACAUUCGACUAUAUGGCCUUCGAUGGAUUCUGUUGCUGUGAGUGCAUGGCAUAUUGUGAGAGCAGGCGGGAAAUGAAACGGCAUGGGGAAAAGGAGCAUUAUUCUAAUCGAGGGUUGCAGGCAGAGAAUGAAUGUUUUGCAUGUUUAAGAUCCUUCGGUGAUAAGGAUGCUUCAGAACAGCACAUGAAGGAGCUUAAUUCCAGGCAUAUAUACCAUUGCAAAAUGUGUAAUUUGAUAUUCCGAUCGCUUGAUCAGAUACACGACCACCAGCAGACUAGUGCAAACCAUGAGGGUUUCAUAGAGGCGGAAAUAAUCGAUGGUGAUGAGGAUAUUGGGGACGAAGAUUUACGGUUCUCGAAACGUAGUUUCAGGGGACAAAAAACAGCAACGAUCGAGCAGAUAACCGUGUAUGAAGAUAACGAUACAUUGAAUGAAAACGAGGAGUAUCGCGAUGAAGAUGCAAACUACGACCCAGCUGAUGGGGAAGAUUCGCAGCAAUUCGAUGAACCAUACGGUCGACGGUUAUACGCACCGAAAGUCAAACGAAACGAUCCGGAUAUAGCCGAGGUAACGGUAGUGGAUAUCUCCAGCCAGGACGCAGUGCGGUGUUGCGGUUGCUAUCAAACAUUCAUCACCGAAGAGGAGAUUGUGGACCAUUCAAAUCAUCAUCAUCUUCAUUCGCAAGUGCAAGAGGAUAAAGAUCGUCCCUAUGGGUGUGACCGGUGCUACCGAAGAUUCGGCAAAGCCGUUUCUUUACAGAUUCAUAAGCUGUUCGUGAAGAAUGUUCAAAUUUACACCUGCAAGCUGUGUGACGAGAAGUUUAGUUUUCAGACACCAUUUCUCCUUCAUUAUAAUGAGCAUGAGAGACAUUCCAUGAGGGACGAUAAACGUGGAGCAAAGCCAAGGGUGAGGGAAGAAGUCGCGAAGUUUUACUGCUGUUUCAAUCUCUGCAAGCAAUCAUUCACAGAGUACAGUGAACUUCUAAGCCACGUGGAUGACAAUCAUGGUGUCAAGCGUAAUCAAUUUAAGGAUUAUCGUGAUACGGACGAAAAUUGCUGCGAAGUUUGUUUCCGUAGUUUCAACAACUAUAGAGCCUUGCUUAGACAUGUUACUCAUCAGAAAAAGAGUAUUUCUGGACGACACACAUGUAGCACUUGUGGAGUUCAGAUGAAAUCUCUCGCAUCGCUGAAAGAUCACGAGAACAGACACCUCGGUAUUAAACCUUACGAGUGCGAAGUGUGCAGCAAAACAUUCGGAACAAAGACAAUCCUCAAAAAUCAUAUGAUUGUACAUCAAACGGAUCGCCCAUUUAGUUGUGAAAUAUGUGGCAAAACAUUCGCUCGCAAGCGUAACUGGAAGGACCACUCGAUGACCCACACGGAUGGGAAACCAUGGGAGUGUGAGGUUUGCAAGCUUACCUUCCGGAUAGAGUCGCAGUUUCUGACGCACAAACGACGCCACACAGGUGUUCGACCCUAUAAAUGUAAAUUUUGCGAUAAAGUCUUUUCGCACGCCACUGAUCGAAAGCGACACGAGAUGGCGGCACACACCGGAGAGAAGCCACAUCAGUGCAGCUUCUGCCCGCUGGCUUUCAUCCGGAAACGACAGCUGGUUAUACAUGAGAGAACUCACACCGGGGAGAAACCGUACGAGUGUCAGAGCUGUGGCCAGGCGUUUAUCCAGCAGAGUUAUCUUACGCGUCAUCUCGCCACCCACAAACCACGCGAUGGUGGUGCGGUUUAGCCAAGAUGUCAUGUCGCAACCAGGUGCGCAUCAAAAUCGCUAAAUCGCUGGUUGCAACAGAAGUCGGCUGCAUUGUGAUGAUCUUUUUGGAGUAAUCAGUCCCAGGAGCGGGGUGAAACCGUCCUGAAAAUGAACCUUGACUGGCACAUGAAAUACAACGAGAAAGCUGCACAGGAAGAGGCGAAGAAUUAAGAUAGUGGUGGUUCCUUUCUUUCUUUUAUGAAGGUUUUUGUGAAUAAGUUAAUGCUCUUUGUAAGAGGGUAUUUUCUAAAUACUAAUAGAAAAUUUCAAAAUGCU